CCGCCCCUCACGCACGCGUCCGGUCGCUCCGGCAACGCAGAGCUAGGUCGCAGCCCGCGUGACGCUUGGCCGCUAGCACAGCACGCUCUUGGCCUCACUGAGCAUUGGCAAGGGCCACUUGGGAAGAGCGAUGACUGAUGAGGACUCUGAGACCACUGUCAGCGAGUUGCAGAGCGGGGAGGAAAACGAGCUGCCUGUUAUCCAGCUGUGUGGGCUGGUGGAAGAGCUCAGCUAUGGAAACUCUGCUCUCAAAACUGAGACGGAGAUGUUUGAGAAAUAUUAUAAUAAGCUGGAGCCCAGAGAUCAGCGACAUCCACGAUUAUCAGAAAUUAAAAUAUCAGGAGCAGAAUUUGCACAGUUACGAGGCAGGCGUAGGUCCAAGUCCCGCAUGGGUAUGGACCGUGUGAUAGGCCUCAGUUGUGACCAAAAAUGUGAGCUUGUACAAAAGGAGCUGGAAGACAUGAAGGAUGAAAUAAGGCACAUGAGAGCAAAUGCUGAACGAGAUCUGCAGCAUCAUGAGGCUAUCAUUGAGGAAGCUGAAAUUCGAUGGGCUGAAGUUCAGAGAGCAGCGUAUGAUUUUAAAAAAGAUAUCCUAAAAACCAUAUCCAAGAAGAAAGGGAGUAUUUUGGCCAUUCAGAAAGUGAUGAAGUACAUUGAGGACAUGAACCGCCGGAGGGAUAAUAUGAAGGAUAAAUUACGUUUGAAAAAUGUUUCUCUCAAAGUGCAGAGGAAAAAGAUGCUUUUACAAUUGAGGCAGAAGGAAGAGGUGGGCGAGGCUCUCCAUGAGGUUGAUUUUCAGCAGCUGAAGAUCGAGAAUGCUCAGUUUUUAGAGACAAUUGAAGCAAAGAAUCAAGAACUGAUCCAGCUAAAGCUGGCGUCCGGAAACACCCUGCAAGUCCUCAAUACUUACAAAAGCAAGCUACACCAGGCAAUGGAAAUGUCCAUCAGUCUGGAUAAGGAGAUCUCGCUGAGAAAUGAGUUACUUGAAAAAAUUGAAAGAGAAACCCUACAAGUAGAACAGGACCGGGCCAAGGCUGAGGCUUUGAACAAAAAGCUCCGAAAACAGCUGGCUGAGUUCCGCUCGCCCCAGGUGAUGGUGUAUGUGCGGGAGAAGAUCUUUAAUGGGGAACUGGAGAAGAUCAUCAAGAUGUGGGAAAGGAAAGUGGAGAUUGCUGAGAUGUCCUUAAAAGGCUACCGCAAGGCGUGGAAUAAAAUGAAAACCACCAAUGAGCAGUUGCAGGCAAUCUGCCCCCCUGAGAAAUAGCCUGAGGGAGGCCACAGCUGCAGACCAGCGGGAUUCAUUAAAAUCAUCAGUUCCUUUCCAGUCAAGGGGUCCUCUCACUGUUCCCUGUGCUGCGUGGUGUCCCCGACUCUGGAGCCGUUAACACUUGAAAGAACCACAGGGCACUCUAAUGGUUUGACACUUGUUAGCCCACAUUUAGUUCACAAGCACAAAGGAAAGUGACCAUCCCGCAUGCGGGAGUGGGGCAGAGGAGCCAGCCAGCCCAGAAUGCGCCGUGGGCCUGUCCGUGGCAGCCUGGGUGUGCCAACUCAAAAAGACAGACACCAAAACGGCGUGGUGGCUGCCGGGCGCUCAGCAUCCCGAGCUUACUCUUCAGUUGGGAGGGUUAGCUCCUAGACUAGAUACCGUUGCAAAAGAAAACCAGCACAGAGAAAAACAAGAUAAUUUCUUGGGGCUGAUGUAACCUGUUCUGACCUGAAGUAGACCCACCACUGUCCCC